AUGGAUAACGAGAAAAAUUUAGAAGGGAUGACGGGGGAGUGGUUGGAGUAUGCUGAAACUAAUUUGUCAAGUUCUGAUGGAGAAGAACAAGCGAAGGAAAGGAAGAAAGAGAACGUACGAAAGAAGAGGAAUGAUCGACAAAAUCAAGAUAAGGAAAAAGACAAAGAGACCAAGAAAGAGGAUAAUGAAAAAGAAAAGGAGAAAGAGGUUGAACGAUCAGAAAAGAAGCAAAGGGUUGGAAAGAAAACAUCAAGCGUGUGGGAUCAUUACACUAUGUUGCCUGAUUGUGAUCCCAAGAAGCCAAGAGCUGCUUGCAAUUAUUGUGGCACCAAUUAUACGACUGAUACAAAGUUGAAUGGGACUAGCACACUAUGGGCACAUGUGGAGAGAAAAUGUAAGAAGUGUCCUUUCAGUGACUGGGUUGAGCAAAGUAAGAAGCAACAAUCAACUAUGAAUAGAUUUACUAAAAAGACAACAACCUGCAAUGAAGAGGAAGUUGCUUCAAGUGGGCUGCCACUAAGGUUUAAUCAAAACGUUGUUAGGAAAGUGAUCGCCGAAUAUAUCAUUAUGGAUGAGUUAUCCUUUAGGCACGUGGACGGAAAAGGAUUCCAAAAGCUCAUUAAACAUUUCUUUCCCACAUUUCAGUUCCCAUCAAGAUUUACUGUUGCGAGAGAUAUUUACAAUGCGUUUCUAGAUCAGAAGAAAUAG